CCAAACACCAGCGUGCUAAUGCUUCCCCUCAAAAUAUUUUGGCUUUUCUGCUUUUCAGCUGGUUUCACUCAUCGCUCGUCAUCUGUGUAUCAGAAGUCAUAGCGUCACAACAAGUAUAAUCCCCGGAGCAUUCCAGCGUCUCAGCUCUUCCUCCUUAUUUUUCCGGAGGGAAAUCAAUGAUGGAGGAACACAGCGUAGAAAAUAUGACGCUGAGCCAGACCAUACCACCACUGAGCCAGGACUCGUUUCAGCAGCUGUGGGAGAGUGUAUGCACUCCCUCCAUCUCCACCAUACCCACGGAAAGUGUGAAUUACGCAUCAACGGACAUGGUAAGCCUCCUUGAUGAACUUACAAAUAGGUUUGACGAAGACCAAUUGUUUGAGCUGCCCGGAGAUAUGUCUUCCAAGGACGGAGUCACUCCCCCAGCUCCCACCGUCCCAGUCACAGUAGACUACCCAGGGGAGUUCGGGUUCGAACUUCGAUUUCAGAAGUCUGGCACUGCCAAAUCAGUGACUUCAACAUACUCUGAGCUUCUGAAUAAAUUGUACUGCCAGCUGGCAAAAACCAGCCUUAUUGAAGUGCUGGUAGGAAAGCAGCCUCCUCAGGGUGCUAUCCUCAGGGCCACGGCGGUUUACAAGAAGAACGAGCAUGUGGCUGAUGUGGUCCGCAGAUGUCCCCACCACCAGAAUGAAGACGUCACGGAGUACCGCAGCCAUCUGAUCAGGGUGGAGGGCAGCCAGAGGGCUCUGUAUUUCGAAGAUCCUCACACUAAGAGGCAGAGUGUGACCGUCCCCUAUGAGCCUCCACAGUUGGGCUCAGAGAUGACCACAAUCCUGCUGAGCUUUAUGUGCAACAGCUCAUGCAUGGGAGGCAUGAACCGCCGGCCCAUCCUCACCAUCCUGACCCUCGAGACUCCAGAGGGACUGGUUUUGGGGCGGAGGUGUUUCGAGGUGCGUGUCUGCGCAUGUCCAGGCAGGGACCGCAAAACUGAGGAGGAGAACAGCACCAAGAUGCAGAACGGCACCAAGCAAACCAAAAAACGAAAGAGCGCUCCUGCUCCUGACAACACUACUGCAAAGAAGUCUAAAUCUACCUCCAGUGCAGAGGAGGAGGACAAGGACAAGGAGGUGUUCGUUCUGCAUGUUCGUGGACGCGAGCGUUACGAAUGGUUGAAGAAAGUCAACGAAGGUCUGGAGCUGCACGACAAAGAAAACAAAAACAAGAGCAGCGCAUCCACGAAGCAAGAUGUCCCUCUGCCUUCCAGCGGAAAGAGACUCUUGCAAAGAGGAGAGAAGAGUGACAGCGACUGAAAAACUUGCUUUCUCUAUCACGAGAGACAAAAAAAAAAUCCAAAAAUAUUUCUCUUACUCCACUGCCAGCCUGGUUUUUUUAAAGGGCCAGUGUGUACGAUUUAAGGGGGAUCUAUUGGCAGAAAUGGAUUAUAAGACUCAUAAGUAUUUUUUCGUUUGUGUGUAAUCACCUGAAACUAAGAUUGGCUGUCCUUUCGUUACUUUACAAUGAGCCCUUUAUAUCUACGUGAGGGUCCUCCUUCACUGAGUCCGCCAUGUUUCUGCAGUAGCUCAGGACGGACAUAUCAAACGAUGGCUUUGAAAAGGUCCAUUUCGCAUCUGUUUUGAGAGUUAUUUGAAUGUUUCUUCUGCUCGCUUGGAAGAGAGGAGAGAGAGAGGGGAGGUGUUGGUUUGUAGUCUACAACCUCACCUCACUGUGACCAGUUCUGCUUCCUCCUCAGUGCUCAUAAUGUAUUAUAAAAAAUAUAUAUGUCACAUAUACUGCCAGUGUUCUAAAUGCUAAUUAUGAAUUGGGUUAAAACAAGGACCGCACCUGUCACAGUCACUGCCAUUCAUUGCAGGUUUGAAUAUGUGGUAGUAUAGAAAAUCACAUGUAAGUGGGGGCUGUUUUUUUUAUACUUUUUAAAAAUAUAUAUCAUGAACAGCUGUAAAGUUUUGCCCUUUUUUUCAUUUUAAGGGAACCAUAAGUCAUUAGCAUCACCUCCUGGAUGGUAGUGAUGCGUCUCACAGUGAACAUCUACUGUCAGUAUUUUUGCUCAAAUAAAAACUGGAUUUGGUAGCCGAGGGGCCUGGCUGGAUCACCCCAGAGGUUUUCUCCCUAUGCUUCUUUACAGAGAGGGACACAAUAUAUUGAUU